CAAGCGCGCCUCCUAUUGGCUGGCGCGGAGUUAGGGCGACGCUGAUUGGCCCGCCAGGGGAAACGCCGCUUAUCGCGGUGCUUUGAGGCGGCUGAGGGGGGCUCCGCCGGUCGGCCGUUGAGGGGACGCGGGGCGAGGCCAAGCCCGGGCCGGCGGGGAGCAUGUCUGCGGCCGACGGAGAAGGUUGGGACGGCAACGGGCAGCGCGGAGGGGGUAGCGGCGACGGGCCGGCCGCUCAGGCCCCAUCCGGGGGGCUCCUCAACCGCUUCGUCCGACUCCCGCCCGGCCCCGGACGCGUCGGCCACCGAGUGCCGCCCGCCAGAAGCGGCCACCGCUGCGUGGCAGACAAUGCCAACCUGUAUGUGUUUGGAGGAUACAAUCCUGACUACGAUGAAUCUGGAGGGCCGGAGAAUGAAGAUUACCCGCUGUUCCGGGAACUCUGGCGAUACAACUUUGCUACUGGCACCUGGCAUCAGAUGGGCACCGAGGGCUACAUGCCUCGCGAGUUGGCAUCCAUGUCGCUCGUGCUGCACGGCAAUAACCUCUUGGUCUUUGGCGGCACCGGGAUCCCCUUCGGGGAGAGCAACGGGAACGACGUCCACGUCUGCAACGUGAGAUACAAACGGUGGGCCCUCUUCAAUUGCCGAGGGAAGAAGCCGAACCGCAUCUACGGACAGGCUAUGGCCAUCAUUAACGGGUCCUUGUACGUCUUUGGAGGAACGACUGGCUAUAUCUACAGCACAGACUUGCAUAAGCUGGACCUCAACACCAGGGAAUGGACGCAGCUCAAGCCAAACAGCCUGCACUGUGAUAUGCCAGAGGAAAGGUACAGGCACGAAAUUGCGCACGACGGGCAGAGAAUUUACAUCUUGGGAGGCGGGACCUCUUGGACGGCCUACUCCUUGGACAAGAUUCACGCCUACAAUCUGGAAACCAACACUUGGGAAGAAAUCGCCACGAAGCCUCAUAAGAAGAAAGAUUACCCUGCAGCCCGAAGAUGUCAUAGCUGUGUACAGAUAAAAAAUGAUGUCUUUGUCUGCGGCGGAUACAACGGAGAGGUGAUUUUAGGCGACAUCUGGAAACUGAGCCUGCAAACGUUUCAGUGGGUGAAGCUCCCUGCGGUGAUGCCCGAGCCUGUUUAUUUCCACUGUGCUGCUGUGACUCCGGCCGGCUGCAUGUACGUCCACGGAGGCGUGGUGGACAUUCACCGGAACAGACGGACUGGGUCUCUCUUUAAGAUGUGGCUCGUGGUGCCCAGCCUGCUGGAACUCUGUUGGGAGAAGGUGCUGGUUUUUUUCCCUCACUUGGCCAACCUCAGCCGAUCGCAGCUUUUGCACCUGGGACUGACGCAGGGACUCAUCGAACGUUUGAAAUGAAAAAAACGUCCCGCAGGCCGGCGCGCUAAUUUAAACAAAAUCCUUCCCCCCCCUCCCCUCCGGCCCUCCCCUCUCGCCCGUUCUCAUUUCCUCUCUUAUUUAUGGUCCCGCCGAGAACGCCACGGAGGAGCAGGCCGCGAAAAAAAAAAAAAUCCCCGCUUCUCCAAGCCUUACUCGCCAAGAACUUCGGAUGCCUUUCCCGUUAUAUAUAUAUAUAUAAUUUUUUUCUAUUUUGAUUUGAGAAUUUAUUAAACUCUGUGCUUUUUUUUUUUUUUUUAAUUUAUGGAGACCUAUAAAUACAUCAUGAACGAAAAAGCUUCUGUGGCUGAGAGAAUUUGUACAGGUAGUCCUCGACUUACAACCGUUCAUUUAGUGACCGUUGGAAGUUAGAGCGGCUGUGGAAAAACUGACUUAACGUCCAUUUUUUCACACCGUUGCAGCAUCCACGCGGUCUCCCGUGUUCAAAAAUUCGGAUGCUCGGCAACUGGUUCCUAUUUAUGACGGUUACAGUGUCCCGUUGGGGGGUCCCUUUUUUGCGACGUUCUGACAAGCACUGGGGAAGCCACAUUCACUUAACGACAUGGGACUCGCUGAACGUCCGUAGCAAGAAAGCUCAUAAAAUGGGGAAAACUCAUUGUCUCCCUUAGCAGCAGGAAUUUUAGGCUCGAUUGUGGUCGUAAGUUGAAGACUACCUGUACUGGAUUUUUGUCACAUGCUUAUAGCGUCGUAAGGCGAGGACCCGGUCACCGCCUUCCGGUUUCAGGCCUCGAUUUCCCCUUCGGUAAGACGUGGUGUCCUUCGUUCAACACACUGCAAAACGGCCUUGGCUCCCUCUGGAAUCCGGUGAGGCCGUUUUCCUGCUUCCUGGCAGGAAAUUAGGGAAACUCUGCACAAUUUUUGUCAUUUUGUGUGUGUGUUUCUUUUACAGUAGGUGACAACAGAUGUUGCCCCUUGUGACUGUGUGAAAGGGGUCCUUUUGCUACCCAAAUAUUGCAAAUAUUGAUUUUUUUCUGAUAUGCUGCUGCCUGACCAGGAAAGAUCCUUGCUAAAUCGCCAUUCCUACCAACCUCCCACACUAGAAGAAUGACUGAAAUAUAAGAUAUAUAGAAUAUAUCUCAAAAAAAUAGAAUAAGAUACAGGUAGACCUCGACUUACAACAGUUCUGUUCUGUUUAGUGACAGUUCAGAGUGAUGACACUGGAAAAAGGACUUAACGACCGUUAUUCACACUUACAACCAUUGCAGCUUUCCCCACGAUGACGUGAUCAAAAUCCAGAUGCUGGGGCAACGGAUUCGCAUUUACGACGGGGCGCAGCGUCACGCCACUCCCCCUUUUUGCGAAAGUCCACGGGAAGCCAGAUUCACAAAUUGUGUGACUUAACAAAACCGCAGCGAGACACUUAACAGCUGUGGCAAGAAAAGUGGUAAAAUGGGGCAAACCCCACUUCACUCUGCCUCACUUAGCAACAAAUUUUGGCCUCGGCGGUGGUCGUAACUCGAGGACUACCUGUAUUCAAAAGAAAAAAUCGUGAAAAUGCUAUUAUUUUUUCUCCCGUUGCAAGUGUGUUUGCGUGUGUAAAUGGGGGUGGGGGGGGACCCCAGACUCCGUACUGCAGCUGUAUCGGCAACGAAUUUUCCUUCUCUUCCGACCAGUUGGCCUUUCUUUGAAGUUCUCGUUUUCCGUCCAUUUUUUUUUUUAAAUAAAAUUCUGAAAUGCUGGA